CCCCGCCCACCCAGAAUGCACCGGUUUAUUGACAGCUGUCUCCCGCAAACAGUGCCACAGGAGCGGGAAAAGAAAAUCACCCAACCGAACGAUUUAUUUGCUGCGGUCGGCGGAUCCGGCCCCGUUAACUGAGAGUGACAAGAAUGGGCCUCUGACAAUGCUAGGAGUAUCAUGGGUAGUAUCAGGUUCCACUAUUUCUGCUAUGGAUGCCUUUUUUCUUCAUUGAUUUGGACAUUUCUCCUUUUCAUCUACUUCAAUUUAAAUUGGGAAAAAUAUACCUUCAGUAAUGUGCCCUUCCAGGGGAAUCCAGGAGUUGUGCAGAAAUUCCAGCCUCCAAUAACACAUAGUCCUAAAUGGUUUCCUGAAUUUCAGAAACCUGGUGUUCAGUUUGUGAAACCCAUUAAUAAAGAAUUAAAGAAAAUUGAAUUGUCUCCUGAACUUGGAAGGAUUUUCAAUGAAGCUGAUCAGGAAGUUCGGGAUACGGGAUACCAGAAACAUGCUUUCAACGUGCUCAUCAGUAAUCGCUUGGGUUACCAUCGGAAUAUUCCUGAUACCAGAGACCCAAAAUGUAAAGAAAAGAGCUACCCUGUCGCUUUACCAUCAGCUAGCGUCAUUAUCUGCUUUUAUAAUGAAGCAUUAUCGGCAUUGCUUCGGACAGUUCACAGCAUCCUGGAUCGCACUCCUGCAUACCUAUUGCAUGAAAUUAUCCUAGUGGAUGAUAGAAGUGACUUCAUUGAGUUGAAAGAUGAGCUGGAGAAGUACAUUGACAACAACCAACUUAAAAAAGUGAAACUAAUAAGGAAUGUAAUGCGAGAAGGUUUAAUACGUGGCAGAAUGGUUGGAUCAUCUCAUGCAACAGGUGAUGUGCUGGUGUUCAUUGAUAGUCACUGUGAAGUAAAUGAGAUGUGGCUGCAGCCUCUCCUGACUCCAAUUAAGGAGGAUCACAGCACUGUAGUCUGCCCACUAAUUGAUAUCAUCAAUGCUGACACACUAAUCUACAGCUCUUCUCCAAUAGUGAAGGGAGGGUUUAAUUGGGGCCUGCACUUCAAGUGGGAUCCUGUGCCAGUCUCGCUGCUGAAUGGACCAGAAGGAGCAACUGAACCAUUCAAAUCGCCUACAAUGGCAGGAGGACUGUUCGCAAUGAACCGGGAUUACUUCAAUAAACUUGGGCAGUAUGACAGUGGCAUGGAUAUCUGGGGAGGGGAAAACCUGGAAAUUUCCUUUAGGAUUUGGAUGUGCGGUGGGCAGCUGAAAAUAGUUCCAUGUUCCCGUGUUGGGCAUAUUUUCCGGAAAUGGAGGCCGUAUGGCUCACCAGGAGGAGUGGAUACCAUGGCAUACAACUCUCUGCGUCUUUCUCAUGUAUGGAUGGAUGAAUAUAAGGAACAAUACUUAUCUUUAAGACCUGAUCUGAGGAAACAAAGUUAUGGUGACAUUACUGAGCGUUUGAACCUGAGAAAGAAGCUGAACUGUACAUCUUUCAAGUGGUAUCUGGACAAUGUUUACCCAGAGAUGAAUGUUAAUGGACCAAAUGAAAAAGCUAAAAUACAACAACCACUAUUUAUUAACAAAAGUCCAAAACGAUCUAAAAUACUGCAGCAAGGAAGGCUGUACAAUCUACAGACAAGCAAAUGCCUGGCUGCCCAAAAAUAUCCUGAUCAAAAAGGAGGAAUAGUGGUGGUUAAAGAAUGUGAUUGGACAGAUUCAAAUCAGGUUUGGAUUUACAAUGAAGAACAUGACCUAAUUCUGGCCAACCUGCUUUGUUUGGAUAUGUCUGAAACCCAUUUAUCAGACUCGCCUCGUCUUAUGAAAUGCCACGGUGGUGGAGGAUCACAACAGUGGACACUAGGGGUAAAUAAUUCUUUGUAUCAGAUAUCCGCUGGACAGUGCCUGAAGGUGAUAGAUCCGGAUAGUCCUAAAGGAUAUGUUGCCAUGGCAAUCUGUGAUGAUUCUGGAUCACAGCAGUGGAAGCUGGACAACUGAUGUGAGCAACAAACUAAAAUACUCCAUGGGGAGCAGUUUAACCAACUGCCUGAGACUGAUUCUUAAGACGUAUCAGCAUAGAGAGGAUAGCAAUUAAUGUUUAAAUAGAAAUGCUGGAUGAUGGUAGAACUGCUCAAUUUUUAGUGAGGUGAAUAGUAAUUUUAUCAAAGUAUUUUGACUAUUUUCUCUAUAGGCUGUUUUACAAUUAUUGUGAGAUGGAAAGUUUUAAAUUCGUGAAAAAUGUGGAAUAAUUUAUUUAUGUUUUUAAUUUUAAAAGCAGUCCAAUUUGCUCAGCUGGAUAUGGUGGUAAUAUAGAGGCACAUCAUGCAUGCAUCAGUAGUUUUUAAAGUAAGUUUCCCCUAGUGAUUCAUGUUAUAACUGCACAAGCCACUGAGGUAAGUCCUGUAGACCAGGAUCUAGGUUUGAUGCCUGCUCCAUGAUGAGUUUUCCUCUGGGCUAGAGCCAGGAAAGAGCAGCUAAAGUGUCUGCUUCACUCUCUCCGAACCAGUUGGAAAGUUUAUAUUUGCUUGUAGAGGUUGCCCAGUGACAGGAUCGGAUUUGACCAUGAUAGCACCUGCAGUUGAAUAGUUUGCCAGAACUUGUGAUCUGAAAUAAUACAUGCCUUUUGUGCAAGAUAUCUGAGUGGCUGGCAACCAUGGAACUGUAACGAAGCAUACUUAAAGGAAAAGGGGAAAGAGAUCCCAAUUUUUAAUUUGGCACAAAUAAAGUAAGUUCUCAAAAUAAAUCACUAGUUAAAAUAAAUCACUAAUCAAAAUGUCCAAGUUUAUACUUUUCUGAAUGGACUGUACCAGUUCUGAUGUGACUUGUUGAAGUUUUGACUUUCUUCAUUACUUGUUCUAGUAAUGGUAUCAUUUGGCAGAGCAGCUCAUACAAAAAGAACGGUGCAAUGUUAUAUUGGUUUGGGGUUUGGAACCUCUUGAAUGUCUUAAUAGAUUGUUGUGAAAAGGCUAUAAAAAUAUCCUGUUAAAGGGUUGACUAUUUUAUUGUUGAAUUGGAUGUAAAGCAAAACGUUUACAUUAAAACUACAUUUGUACUAGUUAGUAAUAAAGAUAGCUCAGGCCACAGUUACAUUAUUUGAAACUGGUGUUGGCUUCAAGAUCAGUGAAUGUGGCAGCAUCAAUUUGUACCCAAGUUAUACUGUUGGCUCAGCCUGAUUCUCAAAAUGCGGGGGAAAAAACGAGUACUGCAUGUAUAUAAAGCUUCAGUCACUGAUAUUUAAAUGUCAUUGAUGUUUUUAAAUAUAAUUAUUUAAGAAUUAUUUAAAUGUCAUUAAUGUUUCUUAUAAACAGCUGAUAGGGCUGUUUAUAAUGUAGCAAGAGGUUUCCCUCUGUUUCAUUUGAUUCAGUGAAUUGUUAAAUGCAGGAGGAGGAUUUCCUCUGUUCACUGUGCAAUAAUGACAAAAACAGGAGGAUUUCCUCAGGAAACCUUUUCUAACCAAAGUGUAAACCGUUUGAUUUUCAUCAGAAAACUCACUGCUGAGAUGCCUUUAACUUAAUGCCACCAGAAAUCCCCCAAAAGUACUUCAAGGUGGUCCAACAGACUUUAGCACUAUUCCCAUUUAUAAGCCUUUCUUGAAUUUUCUGCUCCAGUGGUGUGCUAGUCAUAGGAUAAUGGUUGUGUUACUGGACUAGUAAUCCAGAGCUUCUAAUCCAGAGAACGUGAGUUAAUUCCAGCAAUUUGAGAAUUUGAACCCAGUUUUUUUAAAAGAAGAAAGUCUGGAAAUUAAACAUGGUAUCAAUAAAAGUAACCAAGAAGCUGUCGAAUUAUUGUGCUUUAAAAGAAACUGGUUCACUAAUGUCCUUUUAGGGAAGAAAACCAUUCGAGACUCCAGUUCCAAUUGUGCUCUGAAGCAGCCUAGCAAUUGACUUUAAGAAGUCCUGAGAAUAUUUUUAAAAAACAAAAAUAGGCAUUAAGGAAAUUGGCCAUCUUCCAUUAUUCCAACCUAAUUUAAUAAGUUUUCAUUUGGGUUGUAAUUUCUGACCAAAUUCCUUUUAUUCAAACAUUUAUCUCAUUUGUUGGUUUGAGCAGUGUGGCUUUUAUGAAAGUGGAUCAGAAAAUUUCAAAACAGGAUUAAAAAUAUCAACCUGUUUACUACAGGUGCUUCCUGGAGAUUUAUGUAAAAUCGAUACAGACUGUGUAUUUAUCCUAUAGUAUCUGCUGGCAGGAAUUUUUGCUAAAAGUGUAACAUUUGAAAUGGAGCAACAAUGAUGUUAGUUGAUGUGGAGCAGGUUAAAAUCACUAAUACCGAAUGCAGAUUUAACCAGUAUAUUGUUCCACAGUGAUAGUUUCAAUCCAUGAAAGUAGAGUUUCAAUCCAUGAAAGCAGAGAUUUGGCAGGGUUUACUACUGGUGUUCCCUGACAGCUUGCAAAUUUUCCCUAUUCAUUUUAAUUGAUAGGAAAGACACAAGUUUGUGAGCAGUCGAGUAAACCUUAGCAGUGUUGUCACACAUUUGGAAAUGGCUGGUGAACAAAUAAUUCCAUUGUAUGGAAAACACCUUUAACCGCUGGAGCUGUACUGAUCAGACAAUGGUUUAGCUAAGUUUUAUAAACAAAUCUGGUCAAUUUAGACUGCCAUUGGGACCAAGUUUAAGCUACAAUUGACAAGCACUUUGCCAUUUCACAUUAGAGUCUAUGGUCUCUACUGAUGUCUUGUGCAGACUCCACGUUCUGAAGUAUCAUCCCCAGCAUGUGGGAUACUUAGUUUUGCAAAACUAAUUUUUUAAACUUGAAGUUGAAAUUUUUUUCUCAUUAAAAUGUAAUGGGUUUUUAUUAUGCUUGAUGAACAAUAACUGGAAAGUUGCUAAUAACAUGAUUUGGUUGUAACUGCAUUGAUUUUACUCGUGUCUUUCCUAAGCGAGGGAUAAGUUCAGGCCUAUUCAAAAAUGGCUUAGGCCAUAUUUGUUUACAUAAAUAGUGUGGCUGUGAUAUUCAUUUAUAUUUUGUAUCAGCAAAAGAGCAAUUCAUCUGAAGCCUAAGCAGUAAAUAGUUGGAUGUAAAUUAAAUAUUCUGCUCAUGUUAAUUAUGCCCAAUUGUUAAUUUUGAGACAUUCUCUGUAUUGAAAUCAAUUUUAUCAAAUAAAAGCUGCGAGAUAUUUAUUGGAAUAAAGAUCUAAUUUUAAAUAA